UAAACCAUAACCAAAGAGUACACCAAGUACCCCAUAACUAACAACCUUUUUAACAUUCUACUACAAAGCAUGUAUUAUUUUGUGCAUUCUUCUGCCUGUUAAUUUUCAAACCCAAAAAGUAAAUUUAAGCAAUAUUCAAGUCAUGGAACCAGGAAAAAAAAUUUCUUUUGGCUUCAAUAAAAGUAUAAAAAAAGUUCCACUUAUUGUGAGUGAGCCAUCUGAAAAAAAAGAUGUUGAGUUUAUUGAAUGCUUGGAAGACCAAUCAAUUAAAAUAAAAAACGCCGUGGAAGUUGUUGAUGAACCAUUAGUCAUUCCCAUGAAAGAAAACAAAAGGAGAGAUGGGAUUAGAAAUGUGAAUGAAUCCAGAGAUAAGAAGGAAUCUGAAGAUAGCAGACCAAAUUCAGAGCUAACCUUGGAUGAAUUGGCAGCGAGAGAAUUGAUAAACGAUGCUAAAAGGCGUCGCUCAGAAGGAACACCUGAAAACAAAGUAAAUGUUCUUCCACUGAACGACGAAGUCUUGUCUCUAGAGGGUGAAAAGGAAUCUACUCUGGACGACUAUGAAAAUACACCUGUCAGUGAUUUUGGUUUGGCAAUGUUGAGGGGAAUGGGAUGGAAAGAAGGAAUGGGAAUCGGAAGAAGAGCUGUAAAUAUAAAAGCAGUGGAUGCUCCAGAACCAAGACCGAAAGGUUUAGGUUUAGGGGCAAAUAAACUAGUUAAAAGUGAACUUUCAGCUGAAUCUAAUUCUGGUAGAGAAAAAAGUUUAAUACUCCACCAGGGGGCUUUUGCAAAAAUAGUUGCUGGAAGUCAUAAAGCAAAUUAUUGUGAAGUUCAAGGUUUUGAUGAUCAAGAUGGGAAGGUUAUAGUGAGAACAUCUUUGAAAGGUGAAAUUUUAACACUGAAUGAAUUUCUUGUGGUACCAGUUACAAAAGAGGAGUAUUUGAAGUACUCCAGAUUGUUGAAUAAGACUAAGUAUGAUGAAUACGUGAACAAGGAAGAGGCCAAAGUGAAUAGAGGAAUUGCAGUGGAACCAAGUGGCCACUAUUCUAAGAAGUAUGAUGAUCGGGAUAGUGAAAUUAAAAAAGAAAGAAAAUAUGAGGCAAGUAGUUCUUCAAGUAGCCACUAUUCUAAGAAGUAUGAUCAUCAGGAAAGUAAAAUUAAAAAAGAGAUAAAAUGUGAGUCUCAAAGUUCGAACUCUAGGAAGCGCCAUAAAAGCUCUAGGGAUCACAACAAUAGAAGAUAAUAUAAAGAAGAUGACCAUCUGGAAUUCCCCAAAAUGCAAAUAAAUUUAAAUAAGUGAAUUGAUUGGUUAUAUUAGAGUAUUGAAGGAGACAAAUACAUGAACAAGGAAGUGUUGGAAGACAAUAGAGGAAUAGACGCGGGACCAAGUGGCCACUAUUUUAAGAAUUGUGUUGAUCGGGAUAGUAAAAUUAAAAAAGAAAUAAAAUCUGAGGCUAGUAGUUUUUCAAAUGGCCACUAUUCUAAGAAGUAUGAUAAUCAGGAAAGUGAAAUUGAAGAAGAGAUAAAAUCUGAGUCUCGUAGUUCUCACUCUAAGAAUAUAAGAAAGGUUAGAGAUGUCCAACUGGAAUUCCCUAAAAUGCAAAUAAAUUUAAAUAAGUGGAUUGACUGAUUACAUUGGAGUAUUGAAGGAAACAAAAAGGAGGCGAGGAUCAAAAUAUUUGUUGAAUUUAGAUAUGUAAAUAAAUAUUUAUUGUACACUU